UCACCCGUCGUCAAGCAGAAGCAGACAGCGAAAGAAAAAAGAACUCCAUGACAAAAGUGUAAACAGUUCUAAAUUUUCUCCUUGUUUUAAAAAAAUAGUGUAACGAUGAGAAUAAAUAGACACAAACGCAUCCAAAAGACUUUGGCAUUUUAUGCCAAUAACUUUGGAUUUCGGAAACCCUUUCAAGUUUUAAUCGACGGAACGUUUUGUUUCGUUGCACUAAAGGAUCAACUUGACAUUCAAGAUCAGUUGAAAAUAUACUUAGGCAAUGAAAUUAAACUUCUUACCACACCAUGCAUUGUUUUGGAAACUGAAAAGCUAGGUAAAAGUGUGUUUGGCGCUAUGCUAAUUGUUAAAAAAUUUCCAAUCCAUAAAUGUAGUCACAAGGAUAAACCAGUUACUGGGAGUAAAUGCUUGCAAUCUAUGAUUGGGACUUCUAACCCAAAUCGAUAUAUUAUCGCAACGCAAGACAGAGACCUACAAGAUAGAUUGAGAUCCAUUCCAGGUGUUCCUCUUUUAUAUUUUCAUAACAAAGCACCAACCCUUGAAGCACCUUCCGACGAAAGUCAUAAAGCAGCUUCUCAAGCUACAAAUAGUCUCUGGGGCGUUAGCAAAUUUGAACAAGAGACUUUAGCUAAACUUAAAGAAGUUGAAUUGGGUGUGAAGUCUGACAGUGAACUUACUCCCAAAAAAAGAAAGAAAAGGGGUGGGGCUAACCCACUGUCCUGUAAGAAGAGUAAGAAGAAAAAAUCAGACCCUGUUCAACCUGAAUCGAAGAGUGAUGGAGGAGUUAAAAAGAAGAGGAGUAGAAAGAGGAAAAAGAUACCACAACAUGUGAAAGAUGAGCUGAUGCGAUUGAAAUCAGCUUGAUAAGGGUUAUACUUAAAUCGCUUGUGUGAUGAAAUACUGUUUUCUCAAGUAAUAAAUUAUCUUAUAGUUCACGUAA